UCCCUCACAGGCGCUAAAUCUGAAGAGCACUUCAAAGAGGGAUUCACAUCACCACACACAUACACAUUCACAAAUCAAACUACAGACGAACCAACUAAGAUAUUGAGCUUUUGGUCAAAGAUCGACUCUACUUUGGGGCUGUAUAAAACUUUAAUCAGAACAAACUGCCAUAAACAAGAAGACACACGGCGGACUGCGCGAGCGAGCACUCGCAUCAAUCACGCAAAAUGCUGCGAGGCUUCACACCGUCGCACUGAUCGGACUCGGCGCGUUUCGUAAGUCAUCGCUGCGUUCCGUCGCCACUCGGACACUACUUUCCAAUACAAAUCUAUCUAAAAGCAGCCUUUCCUGUCCCGAGCACAUUUAUCAGUAUCACUGACGCCUGUGGGACCUUCUCCAGCUGUGCCAUCAUAAACCCCGCUGGUUACCGUCACUUUUCAACAUGAUCAACACCUUUUGCCAAGGGUAGUUGAGAGCAAUGGCACCUUCUUGUAAACCCUGUGAAUUGGAUAUUUGCUUCUCCCACCCCAAGUAAGAGUCAAAGACAAUUUUCUGUAGUCAAGAUGCAGAUUGUUUCGGCUGUUUUGCUCCUGUUCUGUUUUCACAAGUGUUGUUGGAAGGUCACAUGCAGAAGAGUCCAUAUUCCAGAGGUGGGGCUUGUGGACUGGGGGGAAAAUGAGGUGAACCCUUCCCCCAAAAGCGCCAGCCCCCGUGUUCUCAACCCCCUGCGCCUUUUCGCCCGGGGUUCCCCUGGGUUCAAGAGCAACAGGAGGGAGAUUACAUAUUUGGAAAACAUUGAGGACUCCUGGGACUGGUUAUCUAACCAGACAGAUGUCAGAGAGUCGCAGAGCAGGACUAAACGCAGACCCAUCGUAAAAACGGGGAAGUUUAAAAAAAUGUUCGGCUGGGGUGACUUCAACUCCAACAUCAAGACUGUGAAACUAAAUCUCCUCAUUACAGGCAAGAUAGUGGACCACGGCAACGGCACGUUCAGCGUAUACUUCCGUCAUAAUUCAACGGGCCUGGGGAACGUCUCCGUAAGCCUGGUGCCACCUUCCAAGGUGGUGGAGUUUGAGAUCGCCCAGCAGUCCACCCUGGAGACGAAGGACUCAAAAUCUUUCAACUGUCGUAUCGAGUACCAGAAAACGGACCGCAGCAAAAAGACUUCACACUGCAGCUAUGACCCAUCCAACGUGUGUUACCAAGAGUCCACCCAGAGCCACGUGUCCUGGCUCUGCUCGAAGCCCUUCAAAGUCAUAUGCAUCUACAUCGCCUUUUACAGCACUGACUAUAAGCUGGUGCAGAAAAUCUGCCCAGAUUACAACUACCACAGUGACACGCCGUACGCUUCCACAGGUUAAGAUCCAGUCCAUCCUCCACAGUGGGAAUGGUCGACCUCAUUUUCACCCUGUGUUUCAUCUGAUUUAGAAGCAAUUCAAAUAAAUCCAGAUGUUUCGCAUUAGGCUACAUUACUGGCAUGUACUUCAACCUCUGCCUUUGCCUUUUGCCUCACACGACAUGUGAUGGCAAAAUUACCGAUCAACGUUUUUUUGGGGGUUUAAACGUCCCACAUCCCAUCCCAUGGUUUGAGUUUUGUUGGGGUUAGGGUUAGUUCUGUUGGGAAUCUUUCCCAAAAACACCUUUCACUAUUUGUCAAGCUAAUAAAUCACAGACCUACAGAGGACAGAAUAUAAGUGAAACACCUUUUUAUUGUGAGGUUUAUGUGUGUUUGUGUGUGUGUUUUGAGCUAUGUGUUGGCACUAAAUUGUGAAAAUCAUUUAUGCAGUUGUCAAGGUAAAUGCGAACGGGUUAAAUCAUUCAGCAAAGACAUCACAUACAAAUUACUCCUAGUCAUUUUGCAUUUCACAAAAGAUCUAUGUGUGAAUUGAGAUUUGUGUACAAUUUCAAAGAGUAAUUUGCGAUGUCUCACGAGAGAACAAUUCAUUGGACAGGUGGAUUUAGUGAAUCUGGCAGCCGGUUAACAACCCUUUGUCAUGGUCUCGCCACAGAGAUCCACAUUUCCAGGCUCUAAUUAACAUUAAUUAUAGUGGGAAAUUUCACUUACAAACCAUGACAGAGGGGACCGAAGCCAAAAACUGAAAUUUAGCAUGUCAGUCAUGUCUCAAACCUCUAUUCAUGCCAGUGACUUUGGACUGGAAUCACACUUUUUCAUGUCCUCCAUUCCUCGAAAAGUAAAGAUGUGUUGGGAGUAAAUACAGACAUUUAUGCAAACGCACAUGAAAUGCAUUAUGUGAGUCUGCCUUGUAAUGUCUUUCAUCAUUUAAAACAGUACCUGGAGAUCAAUUUUUUGUUUGCACAUUUUGUCAGUGUGUCACAAUGAACCAGUUGAAAUGCCAUAGUCUGAUAAUCAGAACUGGAAUUCUCAGGUUCCAUAUGUGUUUUUGUGUGGGUGCCAAACAGAUUAUGGCCAUUUAUUUCAUUCUCAUAUCAGGACGACUGAUCCGGAUCACAGUUCUGCUCGAAGUGAAGAAUCAGAUGGAUUAUUAAUUGUACUGAUACUCUAAUUGUCUUGCCACACCACAUGAACAUUAGCAUUAAGAACAUGUCGAUAAAAAGAUAGCUGUUUAUAAUUGUAUUUAGU